GGAUGUUGUAAGUGUUCACAGUAAUAAUGAAGUCAUUGCAAAUAUUCGGCACCAUCGCUGCACUGAUAUGGGGUGUUUCAGCUCAGUUUCCAAGAGACUGCACUACGGAUAUUGCGCUCAAUGAUCGGGAAUGCUGUCCGCUGUUGGUUACGAGUGACGGAAUUUCUUCAAAGUGUGGUACAAUGCAACAACGUGGAAAUUGCGAAGACAUUGAAAUUUUUGUUGAUAAUGAUCUUGAUAAUGAAACUGAAUUUCAGUUGUCGUUAGAUGAACGGAAGAUGUGGCCUAAGAUGUUUUAUGACAGAGCAUGCAAAUGUCAUGGUAAUUUUGAUGGCAUCAAUUGUGGUGUGUGCAAACCAGGUUAUGGGGGACCAAACUGUGAAAGUGUCAUGCCUCUGUUGGUACGCAAAAACAUUCUAAAGAUGCCGCGAAAUGAGGUAAAUGAAUUCGUAGAUGUUCUUGAUAAAUCGAAACACACUACCAGCGAGAGGUAUGUGAUUUUAACGUCAACGUACGACCAAAUCCUCGCUGGAGCCAGACCGCAGUUCUCAAACAUAUCCGUAUAUGAUUUAUUCGUUUGGAUGCAUUACUACGUUGCCAGAAACAACUUGGUCCCUAAUGAGAGAAAUAUUUUUGACGAAGUGGAAGACAUUGAACUGGUUAUGGCCAAACUAAAUCCAGAUUUAGAUAUAAACGACGAACACGAUUACGCCCACGAAGGCCCUGCAUUUCUUCCUUGGCAUCGUUAUUUUCUUCUGAAGUGGGAAAAUGAAGUCCGAGAGUUGAUGGGUAAACCCGGAUUUACGAUUCCAUACUGGGACUGGAGAGAAAGUGAAACUUGUGAAGUGUGUAACGAUGAAUUCAUGGGCGGGAGAAGCAGCAAUAACGUAAAUCUCAUUAGCAACGAAUCCGUAUUUUCCAAAUGGCAAGUUAUAUGCACAAAAGAUGAUGAAUAUAUUCUAAAUGGAAAGCAAUGCGACGGAGAACCCGAAGGCCCUCUGCUUCGUAACUUUGGAGCUUAUGACCCAAGCGUGAUUGCAGGACUUCCAACUACCGAAGACGUUAGAACUUCUCUUCGAUUUUCUGCUUACGAAACUUUUCCUUACAACAGAGUCGCACAUGGAAGCUUUCGAAACGUCAUUGAAGGUUUUGCGGACCCGAAAAGCGGCGAAGCAACGGCUGGAUUCAGCACCAUGCAUAAUGCAGUACAUCUUUACAUGAAUGGCACCAUGUCGGAAGUGGGUUCGUCAGCAAAUGAUCCCAUUUUUAUUCUUCAUCAUGCAUUUAUUGACAGUAUAUAUGAGCUUUGGUUACAAGAACAAUCGCGCCAACAACUAUUUUUAUCAUUGGACGGCCCUAGAUCAAAUAUUAGCGUAGGACACAAUCUUCAGGAUUUUAUGGUACCAUUCUUUCCGCUCGUGCGACAAAUUGAGGGAUUUCGAACAUCUGCAGAAUUAGGAUUAAAAUACGAGUAUAUUCCGGAAUCUGAAGCUGGAAGCGGUGAUUUCGAUGUUGAUGUACAAAUCGAUGAAGAUAUUGGAAAAAGGAGCGAUAAAAAAGAAUCACCAAAUAAUGUGCUUGAUUUCAUUUUUGAAGAAAACCUAAUACAAGCAGAAGAGAGGUUUUUCAGCGAAGGUAAUUUCGAGGCGCUGACAGUCGAAGGAGUAGUGUCAACCGUGACCAAAAUGAAAGUGGUCAAAAGAAUAUCAAGAGUGAGACCAAUCAAAAAGAAAACAGUUUUUGCGCAAGGUGAAGCAGAAGCAUAAUCCGAAACACCGGGUUGCUGAAGGCGGAAUAGAUUUAACUCCCCGUCGACAAAUGAGUCCCAAAGUUGAUUUAUCUUCUGCUGCUCUGAAGCAAACCAGUAAUGCGGAUGUGGGUGUUGAAAUGAACAGCUUUUGGAACAAACUUAUGGCGUUUGCUUAUGAUUGGCAGAAGUUCUUCACAAAUAUGUCAAUCAAUGAUCAAAUUGUAUUCUUUUUUGUUGUCGGUGUCACGAUCUUCUGCGUAUUUCUUCUGAUUCUUGUAUGUUGUUCUUUUCGCCGAGAGCAAAGGAAAGAAAAGAAUAUCAAAAAAGGUCCACGCAACCCAUGUUACAAUUGGUUUCAUCGUGAGACUACCUUGGAUUACAAUGCUGAAGAAUCACAAGGAUUACUAGAAACUUGCGAAGACGGGAAACUAAAAUGCAAAGUAGUGCUCGCAAAAACCUACACUUAUGAAAAUGACGAUUUGAAGAACAAUUUGGAGUACAACGUUAUAUAAAUAUGAAAGUAGAAACAAUGGACUUGACUGGGACAUAAAACACUCUUAAUAUAUACCUUGCAUUCGAUUCAACAUAAUUUCUCAUUUUUUGGACUGUCUUUUAUUUUUUUUAGUUUUGGUUUUCACUGAAUAAGCUCAGUAAUGCUAAGUGAACAACCGAUGUUGAUUUCCUCUAUAUUUUUAUUUUUGCGACGUCUGUGAUUUCUGAUCUUAAAUUUAUUGUGUUCUGGAAUAAAGCAAUAUUGCAAUUGAA